AUGGCUUCAUUCAAACUUCAGAUCGAUGGCACUCGUUUCUGUGACUCCAACGGUCGCGAAGUAAUCCUUCAUGGAAUCAAUGUCUCCGGUGACUGCAAGCUCCCAACCACGCCGUACGUCCCGUCGCAUCAGUUGGAGCAUUUUUUCGACGGCGACAAUGUCUCUUUUGUUGGACGGCCGUUCUCUCUCUCGGACGCCCAUACCCAUUUCGCAAGACUAAAGCGGUUCGGGUACAAUACGAUCCGGUACCUUUUUACCUGGGAGGCGCUGGAGCAUGCAGGCCCGGGGAGAUAUGACGAAGAGUACAUUGCGUACACCAUCGAAGUUCUGAGGCUGGCGAAGGAAUAUGGGUUCUACGUCUUCAUGGAUCCGCACCAGGAUGUGUGGUCACGGUUUUCGGGCGGAUCAGGAUCGCCAAUGUGGACAAUAUAUGCGUGCGGCCUGGAUCCGCAAAAGUUCGCGGCCACCGAAGCCGCAAUCGUUCACAAUACCCAUCCCGACCCCGAGAACUUUCCGAAGAUGGUCUGGUCCACCAACUAUCACCGGCUUGCAUGCCAGACCAUGUUCACGAUGUUCUUCGCCGGUAAGACCUUCACCCCUCUCGCCAUCAUCGAUGGCAAGAAUAUCCAGGACUAUCUGCAAGACCACUUCGUGAAUGCCUGUCAGCAACUCGCCAAGCGAAUGAAGGAAGCAGGUGGCUUGGACCACGUUAUCGGUUGGGAAAGCUGGAACGAACCGAAUCGUGGUAUCAUCGGCUGGCAAGACCUCACUGUCAUCCCAACCGAGCAAAAGCUACAGAAGGGGACGUCGCCAACCGCUUGGCAAGCGAUGCUUCUUGGAUCGGGCCGUGCAUGCGAAAUCGAUAUCUGGGAUAUGGGUGGAUUAGGCCCGUACAAAUCCGGGUCAACCCUGGUGGAUCCCAAGGGCGAGAUCGCGUGGCUAUCCGACGAUUACGAUGAUACCCAGUAUGGGUGGAAGCGAGACCCAGGUUGGAAGAUGGGGGAGUGUAUCUGGGCCCAGUGCGGCGUCUGGGACCCGUCGACGGAUGCACUCCUGAACAAAGAUUACUUUGCGAAAGAUCCGGAGACCGGGGAAACGAUCGAUUACGAAUACUUCACCAACCGCUACUUCAUGGCCCACUACCGAAGGUACCGCGAUAUGGUCCGGAAACUUUUCCCUGAAACAAUCAUGUUUUGCCAGCCUCCUGUGCUGGAGAUUCCUCCCUCCAUCAAGGGGACUUCAGACGACGAUCCUAACAUGGUGUUUGCCCCGCAUUUCUACGACGGCAUUACUCUGAUGACCAAGAAAUGGAAUCGAGUUUGGAACGUGGAUGUAUUCGGCAUAUUGAGAGGCAAGUACCUGCACCCAGCGCUGGGUAUUAAGAUUGGGGAGACCGCGAUACGAAACUGCUUCCGGGACCAAUUGUCUGCCAUUCGCCAAGAAGGCAUGGACAACAUGGGCGAGCGUCCGUGUGUGUUCACCGAGAUUGGAAUCCCAUAUGAUAUGGACGAUAAGCACGCGUAUAAGACCGGUGACUUCUCCAGUCAGAUCUCCGCUCUCGAUGCGAAUAUGUUUGCUGUUGAGGGUUGCGGCGCUGCUGGAUUUGCAUAUUGGGUAUACGCGCCACGCUCUGUCCGGUCAAGACUUCAAACUAACAAAGUCUCGCAGAACGACCAUAAAUGGGGCGACCAGUGGAAUGGGGAAGAUCUCUCGAUCUUGUCAACCGAGGACAAAAUCUUGCCAGAAAGGGCUAUGAGCAACCUUUCCCAGGUUUCCCUCAACCGCAACUCGUUGUCAUAUUCCGAGAGCCUUGCAUCAUCCGAAAGCUCUGGCGUCACACCUAGGAACCUCAAGCAGACGUUAUCGGCCAAUACGGAUCCUGGGCAGUCACAGAUGUCGCAAAAGCCGCUCGACAAUGUCGGUUACCGUGCCGCCGAGGCCUUUGUACGCCCCUACCCUAUUGUGACUCACAGCCAGAUUGUUUCCUACGGCUUUGAUCUGAAAUCCUGCACCUUCUCGCUCACGCUCGAUGCACCGUCCGCGACAAGCGAUGAUCUCCCCACCGAGCUGUUCCUUCCAGAGUUCCAUUUCCCAUCCAGCGUCACACAGAUCGAGGCAUCGGGUGGAAAAUGGACGGUCAGUCUGGAUGACGAGAACGGUGUGGUGGUUCAGCGGUUGAAGUGGUGGCAUGCGGAGGGAGAGCAGACGGUGACGAUCAAGGGGAUCAAACGCAAAGCGGGCACAUACCUCGCGGCGGACGAUGAGGAAGAAGGGUAUUUGGGGCAGUGUAGCGAUCAAGGAAAGAAUUGCGUGGUGAUGUGA